AUGGGAUCCAUCACGCGUCCUCACUACUCAGACUUGUGUGACUGCCAUGAGUGCACUACGAAACUCAUCACCACACUCAUAACCAAAGACCAUGACUGGAUGCGCCAGCAUCGCAGUCCAAAGCAGCUACCAUAUGACUUCAGGCUUUGGAGUGCCAAGUCUGCCAUGCUCAACGGCGGCAUCUUCCUACCUACAGUAUUCAACCCGGACCUGUUCAGUGAGCCGGGCAUGUAUAGACGCACCACUCCCCAGGCCUUGUUUCCAGAGCAAUCCUGGACUUUCCACAGCUUUCCUGGAUUCCGCCCUUACCGCUACACCUUGAGCAUGCCGCGAGCUGUGGGGCCUCGACAAGCCAUCAAGAUCCCACUGAUAUACACAGAUGGCGCCUGCUCAAUCGACGACAAAUCGACUGUCAAGGCGGGUAUCGGGUUCUCCGUUUGCCAGCCGGGACGCAGCCUCAAGGGCUGUGUGCGGCAUUCCCUCGAGCGUGAAGGCCCCUAUGGGCAGGUUUUCCCGCACACGAGCGAGCGAGCAGAGCUUCGCGCUGUGAUAGCUGCCCUGGAGUGGCGGUACUGGUACAGAGAAGGCUGGGAGGCCAUCGUCGUCGCGACAAACUCCACCUACGUGGUGGACGGGGCGACCAACUGCGUCAAGGGUUGGCUUGACAACGAUUGGUGGACGGCGGAUGGAUUCAAGGUGGAAAACCGCGACCUCUGGAAGUACCUUCUCCAGCUUCUCCGUCUUUACGGCAUGCAUGGCUGUGAAGUCAUGCUGUGGCGCAUUGAGAGCAUGUACAAUGGACGGGCUGAUCAACUUGCGAAGACUGCAAUUGCUGACGGGCUUGUUCAGGAGAAGUGGAAAACAUUUAAAGACCCGCAACUGAAGGAUAGCUGGUUUGAUAUCUAG